AAUGGGGGACGCUUACCUAACGAAGUUCUCGCGGGGACACACCGCUAAUGACUUUACGAGUCCUGUACAAAUACUGCGGUGCUUCGUCGCUGACCCAGGCAUCAGCCGAGCUGCUCCGUUCGUCAUUCCGUGACGAGUAGUAGUUAAGCUUGCACGCGCGUGCGAGUGAGCUUAGUCCACCAGUUGCAAGCAUGGCCGGGGGUGGGUUCGCCGGGGCCGGUGCCUCCUCCGCCGACUACGGUGGCCGCGUAACCUUCUCCGUCGUGGUCACCUGCCUCAUGGCGGCCUCCGGCGGCCUCAUCUUCGGCUACGACAUCGGCAUCUCAGGGGGUGUGACGGCGAUGGAGUCGUUCCUGUCGGCCUUCUUCCCGGGGGUGCUGCGGCGGAUGGCCGCGGCGCGGCGGGACGAGUACUGCCUCUACGACAGCCACAUCCUCACGGCGUUCACGUCGUCGCUGUACCUGGCAGGGCUGGCCGCGUCGCUCGUGGCCAGCCGUGUCACCAGGGCCGUCGGGAGGCAGGCCGUCAUGCUCGCCGGCGGAGCGCUCUUCUUCGCCGGCGCGGCCGUGAACGCCGCCGCGGUCAACAUCGCCAUGCUCAUCGUCGGCCGCAUGCUGCUCGGCUUCGGCAUCGGUUUCACCAACCAGGCGGCGCCGGUGUACCUGGCGGAGACGGCGCCGCCCAAGUGGCGGGGCGCCUUCACGACGGGGUUCCAGCUCUUCCUCAGCAUCGGCAACCUGGCGGCCAACCUGGUCAACUACGGCACAGCGCGCAUCCCGCGGUGGGGGUGGCGGCUCUCCCUCGGCCUGGCGGCGGCCCCCGCAGCCGUCAUCCUCGUCGGGGCGCUGCUCAUCCCGGACACGCCCAGCAGCCUCCUCGUGCGCGGGCGCGUCGAGGAGGCCCGCGCCGCGCUCCGGCGCGUCCGCGGCGCGAAGGCAGAUGUGGACGCCGAGCUGGAGGACGUGUCCCGCGCGGUGGAGGCGGCGCGCGCCCACGAGGACGGCGCGUUCCGGAGGAUCCUCAGGAGGGAGCACAGACACCACCUGGUGAUGGCCGUGGCCGUGCCGCUGUUCCAGCAGCUCACCGGGGUCAUCGUCAUCGCCUUCUUCUCGCCGGUGCUGUUCCAGACGGCCGGUUUCGGCAGCAACGCCGCGCUGAUGGGCGCCGUCAUCCUCGGCGCCGUGAACCUGGGGUCCACGCUCGUGUCCACCGUCACGGUCGACCGGUACGGCCGUAGGCCGCUAUUCUUGACUGGUGGGUUCAUUAUGAUCAUCUGCCAGGUUGCGGUUGCAUGGAUAAUGGGAUCGCAAAUCGGAGGGAACGGCGAGUCCGCAAUGGCGAGACCGUACUCCCUCGCGGUGCUGGCGCUGACGUGCGUAUUCUCGGCGGCGUUCGGGUGGUCGUGGGGGCCUCUCACCUGGGUGAUCCCCGGCGAGAUAUUCCCGGUGGAGAUCCGGUCGGCGGGGCAGGGCAUCAGCGUGGCCGUCAACCUGGGCGCCACCUUCGUGCUCACGCAGACGUUCCUCUCCAUGCUGUGCAGCUUCAAGUACGCAACGUUCAUCUACUACGCGGCGUGGGUCGCCGUCAUGACCGCGUUCGUGGUGGCGUUCCUGCCGGAGACCAAGGGGGUGCCGCUCGAGGCCAUGAGCGCCGUCUGGGCGCGCCACUGGUACUGGGGCCGGUUCGUGCAGUCUCCGGCUAAGGUCGCCGAGGGCCCCUGAUGAACUGACGGAUGCGCGCGUCUGUUACUGCCUACUGGGUGGUGAAACGCUUCCUCGGAAGCUUGCUCGUCAAAGGUGCUUUGGUUUGUGUGUUGUUGUGUUGCUCAUCCGAGGAGUCGUGUGAGACUGUGAGAGGACUGAAAAAGAAAACUCACUGUACAUUCAUGUUUGUGGGACGAUUGUUCUGUGGUGUUUAUAAUACAUCAUGCAAGAUUGAAUAACAGAAUUAAUGUUGGCUUCAGGCCAUGUACAA